CACCAUUGUUUUUGGUGAACAAGUAGCAAUUUCGAGGUUAUGUUCAUUACGUCGAGCAAUGUUGUGAUAUACUCACGUACAACGCGCCUAAUUAGUUAUUUAUCAGACGAAUUGGAUUGUAAAAUAGUUCACUCGUAUUUUGAUUUGGGCAUUGUGAAAUUUUUAUUGCGAAAACAAUAUGCAAGGGGAUGAAAUUGGUGAAAAGAGGAAAAUUUGGACGGAUGAAGAGCGUUUGGAGCUUGCCGCGAAAUUGGACGCCGAACUGGACGAGUACAUAAAUAACUUGGAGAAAAAGAGUUAUACAGAAGGAUGGCCGGAGGACAGGUGGCAAGAGGAAAUGGAGAAACAUCCUUUUUUCAUGAAAAAACCACCGGAACCUGGCGACGAGUUGUCUCCUUUAAUGGAGGGAUUGCAACAACUUAAGUAUGGGGAGGAUGAGAAUACUCCUGAAGAAUUGGCGAAUAAUUACAAGGAGGAUGGAAACUUUAAUUAUAAGUAUAAAAAGUAUCGUCUUGCUAUUCUUGGUUAUACAACAGGGAUAAAAACCAAAUGUAAAGAUGACGAUUUGAUGGCUCAGCUUUACAAUAACAGAGCCGCAGCACAUUUCAUGUUGCAAAAUUACAGAUCAUGUUUGAAUGACUGUAAAUUGGCUUUAAAGCUUAAGUCACAAUAUCCAAAGGCUUUGAGUCGAGCUGCCACUUGUAGUUUCCACAUUAAAGAUUAUGACCAAUGCAUUGAUUUAUGCGAUCAGUUUCUUGAUCAAAAUCCAACUGAUAAAACAAUAUCGAAAUUAAGAUCUGAUUCUGUAAUUGCAAAAGAGCGUUUACAAAGAGAUAAGAGAAAGCAAGAAAGAACAGAGAAAAAAUCAGAUAAGGAGGAUGAAAAAUUGUUAGAAACAAUUUCUCGAAAAGGUAUUAAUUUAGAAUUGACGAAUGAUAAACAAAAGUUAGAAUUAAGAGAUUUAGAGCCUCAAGUACCGCAAAUAGCACAAAGCAGAGUACACUUCGACGAGAAGGACAAGCUUGUGUGGCCAGUAAUGAUUUUAUAUCCAGAGACUCAGCAAACUGAUUUUAUACAAAAUUUUCAUGAAGAUACGUUAUUAAUUGAACAGUUAAUCGAACUAUUCGAAGAACCCCCUGAAUGGGAUGUAAAACAUUGUUAUACUAUAGAAAAUAUAAAUGUAUAUUUUGAAGGAAAAAACAAAUGUUCCAUUCAUAAAGUAGACAUCCAGUCCACGUUGAAUGAAAUAUUACGAGACAAACAGUUCAUAGUUCGCGGCGGUACACCUGCUUUCUUGAUACUUGUAAAAUCCAGUGAAGCUGAGAAACAUUUCUUACGGUAUAACUUUCUUUCUUUUUCAUUGAGAACCGUGGAAGGUAAUUCACGAAAAACGGCGAACCACUACGGGGUGCAUUACGCGAACUCGUACGCGUGCAGCAACGGCGCACCGAGCGUGUACACCAGCACCGGUUGUUGCACAAACAUCAACGGUGGCGGCUUCAAUGUGCAGCAGCCGCAGCCUCACGAGGAUUAUCGGCCGAUCUACUUUUACGUGGCGCAGCCUUACACGAUCCCGUACACCUUCGCCAAGAGACCGAAACCCGCUGCGUCGUCAUUACUAAGGGCGGCGAAACCGCGCGGCAAUAAUUGCCGUGUCAAGUUCUCCAAGAAACUCGGGAACGCCGACUUCUCGCAGAAGGUCAAGCAGGGCGAGUUCUCGCGGAGUCUGAACCAGGUGCACUUCGCGGAGAGUCAGGGUCAAGUGCUCGCAAAUUAUCCGAAAGCUGGAUCAUCUCGCGAUCCGAGGAUGACGUCGAUGUUUCGAAGAGGCACGAUCUUCGCGACCUUCUUCCUGUCAUUGUUGGGCGGUGGACUCGUCUGCGCCGCCCUUGUGACACAGCAUUGGGUCGAGGCACGACCAUGGAGAACGCCGAAUCCACAAGAGAGUGCUGGCAGAGUUCAUUUCGGUCUAUUACAGGGUAAAAAGGAAUUAAACGUCGCAUAUGGAUGGAGAACAUAUCAUAUAUCCGUUCCUCAAAUGAUCCGACAAGAUCCAUCGGUGAUGUCUUGGGCUCUUUGGAUUGCUACUUUAACAACGACUUCGGCUGCCUUGGUAGCGGCUGCGCUUGCUGCACUUUUGGCAGUUUUAAAUACAGCUACUUCCCCAAGAUCGAAGAUUCUAUCCAUUCCUGGUGUAUACUUUAUAAAUAUGUUAAUGCUGUUAAUGUGCUUAGCAAGCACUUGUACUUGGUUAGCGCAAUACUAUACGAGACUAUACGUUAAUGUGCUUCCGAAGGAGGACAUCGAUAAUAUGUGGAUCAGCGAAGGUUCCGCUGAACUCGGUUAUUCAUUUUGGCUCGUAGUUAGCGCCGGUAUUGUACAUCUCAUUAGCAUAGCAUUAGUUGGCUGGGGCUCAGGUAGAGAAAAGGAUGAUCGUCUGGAACCAAUACCUGCACUUGAAGAGAAAACUGCCGCAGCGAUUAUGUUAUACUAAACGCUAUAAUAGUUUAAAAAUUGCAAGACUAUGAUUGAAUUACGCUAUUAUGUGUAAUAUCGAAUUGAUAGUAUCUACAUCGAGAUUGAACGAAAAGUAGCUGAGAUUAAGCAAUAGAAUUUUCGUUCAUAGAUUUGUGCCUCGCACAGUUCCUAGU